AUGAAGAAAAGCGUACGAUAUGAUGAUCCAUCAAAUAAUUUCAAGGAACUUUUUAAAGAAAUCGAAACAAAUAACGCAUUGGAUUCGGAAACCUUGACAUCAUCAUUUUACACUCUUAACUACAAACCAAGCCUGAUGGCGGUCGCUAUGUUCGGACUAUUUAACAGCCUCAAUGUGUACCUAAUAAGUUUAAGAUUCUGGCCAGCUACUCUUUCAGGUUUAAUAGCUUUGCUGCAAAGUACUGUUAUGUUGGAAUGGUUUUACUUGCAUGGAAUAAAACUUACACGCAAGGAAAGAAUAUUUUUUGAUGAAAAAAACAUCUUGGAAACAUCUAAACAACUGGAUUACAAUUUGCCCCCUAUCGUUAAUGACCUGACUCCCGGCAACCUACCAGGUAAAAAAUAUUUCAAUUUUAUUUCAAACUUACUUUAG